AUGUUGGGGCUUGUCCCUGAUUACUUGUUCAUCUGUCAAAUUUCCCUGUUGCCUGAAGUUGUUACCAGCCUCGCAUCUUACGUAGGCUGGUCUCUGCGAAUGCCUGAAAUAGAACAUCACGUGAUUAGACCCACACCUGUUUCGUAUGCUGUGGGAUCAAAUGCGAGACGCGCUGUGGCUGAGCCUAGCCAACCAACUAAAUUUCGGCGCCACGGGCUAAUACGUGAGACGUUUUGGGAGGAGGGAAUGUGGAUUCCGGAGAUGCCGGGCGCGUUCUUGCGCGUUUCCUGGCGAUCCGGCGGCGCGAUAUUGGGCAUUGGGAUCUGUGGUGAUGAUGGCUCAUCAUCGUCGCGAUGUCGAUGGCGAUGCUAUGGACCAACCCGGGAAGUCGAGACACAGAGGGAGAGACACCCGCUCACAUCACAUCACAGACCUAUUCUCACGCCUAAGACCGUGCUGCCGCUCUUCUUCGCCAUUGGUAUCAUCUUUGCGCCCAUUGGUGGCGUUCUGCUCUAUGUUAGCGCGCAGGUACAGAUGAUUCAGCUCGAUUACACCAACUGUGACAACCAGGCGCCGACGGCAGGCUUCGAGGACAUGCCGUCUGAUGCCGUCAAGAUGCAGUUCAAGGCAUCUAGCAACUCGACGACGGCCGCCGCUAUGUGGAAGCGCACGCCCAUCGAGGUCACAUACGACGGCGUCAAGGUGCCCUUCCCCGUCAACGUGUGCAGCCUGCAGUUCGACAUCCCCGAGAGCAUGGGCCCUCCCGUGCUCUUCUACUACCACUUGACCAACUUCUAUCAGAACCACCGUCGCUACGUCAACAGCUUCUUCGACAAGCAGCUUAAGGGCGACGUUGUCAGUGACUCCGACGUCAAGGGCUCCAAGUGCGACCCGCUCGAAGUCAACAGUACCGGUGCCGCGUACUAUCCCUGCGGUCUCAUUGCCAACUCCUAUUUCAACGACACCUUCUCCAGCCCCGUGCUGCUCAACGUCCAGGACGGCAGCAGCGACAACGAGACGUACGUCAUGCAGAACCAGACCAACAUUGCGUGGAGCUCCGACAAGCCGCUGUACGGCAAGUUCCCAUCGUCAAUGAGCUACUCACAGGUCUCGCCGCCCCCCAACUGGAUCCACCGAUACCCCAACGGAUACACCGAGUCGAACCCGCCGCCCGACCUGUCCACGGACGAGUCCCUUAUGGUGUGGAUGCGCACUGCUGGCCUGCCUACCUUCAGCAAGCUGGCCCAACGCAACGACACCACCGCCAUGCGCAGCGGGACCUACCAGGUCGAUGUUAUUAGCUUCUUCAACGUUACCGAGUUCCGCGGCACAAAGUCCAUUAUCCUGUCUACCCGUACUGUCAUGGGCGGCCGCAACCCCUUCCUGGGCAUUGCCUACCUCGUUGUCGGCGGUAUCUGCAUCCUCCUGGGUGUUGUGUUCACCGUCACGCACAUGAUUAAGCCAAGAAAGCUGGGUGACCACACAUAUCUGUCCUGGAAUAACGCGCCGGCGCCCUCGCGACAGGCUGAUGCCGGUGGUGCUGGUGGCAGUGCUGUACUCGCAUCGGGCCGGGACGUCAGUGGCAGCGGGGCGUAG